AUGGAUGAACCGUUAUAUAAUAUUGGUGCCAUCGUACCCCCGGAGUUGGCAGAAGGAGUCGGAAGUUUGGGCGGGCGGCCCUGCGGUGGGGCGGAGGUAUAUAGAUCCGCGGCUCUCCCGCCGCCCACAGUCAGCGCUCUACUUCCUAACGGCAUUGCCUUCCUCUGCCUGUUGGUUCUGGCGGUGUCCGCAGCGAAACAGAACAAGGAUGAAAAGAAGAAGGACAAGAGGAGCUCGUUGCUAGGAUACGGUGCCUAUCCCGUGGACCUAGGAUUGCAACCAGCACCUUACCCAGUACAGCCCAUCGUACCACAAGUACCGGCAAUAGACAAUAAAGUUCUACGGAACCUGUUACAGGUGCAACCGCUCGUUCCAGUCCACCCGAACAUCGUGCAGAAGCCAGUCCUGGGAGUGCUGCCUCCUCCAGCCUUCGUGAAGCCCGUCCAUUAUCCGGUGGCAGUGGAACGUCACGUUCCAGUUCCAGUUCCACACCCAGUUCCGUACCCAGUACACGUGGUGAGGCAGGUAGCAGUACCAGUGGACCGUCCUUACCCCGUACCUGUUCCAGUGGAUCGUCCUGUACCCGUUUUCAGGAAUGUACCAGUUCCAGUGGACCGACCUUUUCCUGUUCCAGUAGACCGUCCGGUAGCGGUUCCUGUAUUCAGAAAUGUCCCGGUGCCAGUAGACCGACCUGUUCCAGUACCGGUUCCUCAUGCUGUUCCAGUUGACCGUCCUGUUCCAGUUCCCUAUCCAGUACCACAGUCUAUUGACUUUCCAGCUUUUCUGUCAAGGCCAGCUUUGGGUGGUACUCCGACUGUGCUGUCAAACAACCCACCAGUAUUUCAGCAAAGCCCCACCGUAUUUCAACAAACACCUGCUCUGCAGCAUACUCCUCCUGUAAUCGCAAAUAACCCACCACCACCUCCUCCUUCUGCUCCAGAAGCAUCCCAUCCAACUGUUGUUGAUGCAAAUCGUGGAUUAUCACCACCUCCUGAAGAGGAACAUCACUUGAUAACUCCUGAAAUAGACGUUCAUCGUCCGUUGCAUACCUCAUUUCAUGGACACCGUUUGCUGACCCACGCACACGUGAAACCUAUUCAUGAAAUCAGAGGGUAUCCUGUAAAAUCUUACUAUCGACAUCACAGUUCAUGGUAGUAAGAAAGAGUUUAUUAAAAAUUCUUCAAAUUCCAUUGUUAUAUCUAAGUCAAAUAUUUGUUAGUCC